CCCUACGUUGGGUAUUGCCUGAUGGCUCGGCUGGUGUGUAAGCUUAGUUUUAAUGCAUCCUCAGACUCAUCAAUGGCUGGAUGUGGAUAUUUCCUAAUAAGAAAACUGAAAUCUUGAGUUGAGUUGACCAGAGUGUUUUGACAUUCACCAUGGAAUCGGACCACGAGAGUGGAUAUUUAUACAACCAACAAGGGCUCGGGUUUAUGAGUGGUGUAGCCCAUAUGAACGAGUCCCUCACGUCAUCAAUCAUUUCUGAGGCAAACAUGCGGUAUUGUCAGUCCUACAACAAUAUGCAUCCACUUCAAGAAGGGGUUGAGGGUCUUGGCAGCACCCAUGGGCUACCGGAGGGGCCGUGUAUCGCAGGAAAGAUACCGGAGUUCGCUUGGAUGAAAGAAAAGAAAAGUGUUCGAAAAAAUACGGCGGGCACAUCAAAUGAUCCAGGAUUCAGCCCAAACUCCGUCGGCAGUAACGGUGGUAGCUCCAGCACGUCGAGAAGGUUGCGGACGGCGUAUACGAACACCCAACUGUUGGAACUCGAGAAGGAAUUUCACUUCAACAAGUAUCUUUGCAGGCCGCGAAGGAUUGAGAUAGCAGCUUCUCUCGACCUUACAGAGCGACAAGUCAAGGUCUGGUUUCAGAACAGACGGAUGAAGUACAAACGACAGACGCAGUCCCAACGACAGAAAGCGGAGUAUGAUAUCAAAACCGUUGGCAGUCGUGGGGAUCGAGAGAUUGGAAGUCCAGGAUCUAUGGGAGAUAGCAACGAUAGGCUGGAUGAUAAAGACGGCAUGGAAUCCGACUCGGACCGCAGUGAGAUAAAGGAGAUGGCUGAAGCAGACGGCUUUAAACGAGAAGCCAGGAACGGCUUUCAAUUGAAAGACAAUGCCUUUGCUCACAAUGAAAGCUCGUUGAUGUGUAAAGAUUCGUUUUUCAAAGAGACGAUGCUGAGUGAAGGCUCUCACUCCCAAACGAAAAGCGAGCCCGUUGAACCGGAAGCGAAAGAGAAUGGCGAUCGGCAGACGACAAGUCCGCAGACGACAAGAAGCUUGAGUUCAUCGGCAGACUCUGGACUCUGCUCACCAGAUAGUCUGCGCAGCGCUACUAGUCCAGCUCUGUCAACUGGCAGUGUCCCUCAGCAGAUACAAGCCUCAAUUUCCCCAAACCACGGCCUUCACCGGGUCCCGUCACAAGACGUCAAAGGAUCGUCUCCAAGCCCAGGCGAACAAGUUGGAAUGCAUAACGCAUUUGUUGCCCACAAAUCAGAACCGGACGGAUACACCGCAGAAGUAGCCGUAUCUCACGGCUCUGUCAUGAACGACGGAGCCGCUCUGCAAGGCGACUACCCGACGACAAAGGCCAGAUUUGAGGUGAGCAACCCCUUUGCUCAUGGACAAUCUCAAUGUCCAACAGGGUAUUCCGCGGUGAAUGUGUGUACUCUAGACCCUCGGUAUCAGGUAUCGGAUCAGAUCGCGUAUCAGCGACAGGCUACUAAUUCCAAACAGUUUAGUCCGACCACCUUGACCGGCUUUCCCGGUCAGAGAUACCCCGGAUUUGGUCAAGGUGACUGUGGUAGCGCUGAGAUCCCCCGGGGGACGGAGGGAGGGGCAGCGGGGAUGCCACCCCCUCCUCAGUACCCGAUAUCGCAAGGUCAGGGUCAAAGCUCCGAUCGGCCUACUCGGGACGCCCAGCCCACAUUCCCGUACAGAGCACGAAACAAUGGUGACGGAUGCUUUACUCAAAAUGGCUUCAAAGAUGACAAUUUGAAUUACCACUAUCAAUACGAGGUGAAUUUUGCCGCACGGGGUAGCAUGAAUAGACAGAGUCAAGCAUCAAGCAUGGGCUACAGUAAUGGCUUCUACGCUAGAAGCGCGAGCAAUAGAGCUGGCAAUCUGAAUUAUAAUGCUGGCUAUAGCGAGAAAUCGACUGCAUAUCCCCAGCAGAAUUCUUCAAUAGACUCACAUUCAGCCAAUACGCUUUAUGAUAGUGAUUACAUAGCGAGCUACCAGUCAGCUGCCAAUCAGCCGAAUGAUCAGAGGCCUCAUCUGCAAUCGACACAAAUGUAUGCCAAUUUCACUCCAGCAGGCAAUGUACAAGAAUACCAAAGCAGCUCCUGUAACGGCCAGGCUCCGAACAUGUGUAACGGAUACAUGGACAAUUAUAACUCCGAAAUAAACAAUCCCUUUAAUGACUUUUACAACCAGGCCCAAGAAUUCCAUAUGAUAAACUUGUGAAACUGACAUUGUAAUUGACACCAUCAUCAAUUUUGACAGAUGGGAGGUAAAUCAUCCACGAACUAAAGUCGAAGCUGAUCUUUCCAAGGGGUUGUGCAUUUCAAUGGUAAAUCGUUCAUUUGCUUGUAAGUGAUCUAUUUUGUCUUGUAAAACGGGUAACGUUGUGAACGUCGUGUCCUGGUAGUUUGGUACAUAUCAUGUUCAUUUCGCAAUUGAUUACAUUUCAACAUGUUUAUAACUUUCAUCCCAGGAUGUUGUGUUAUCGAUACACUGCACCCUGCAGCGUCUCCAAACGUUUGCACAUUUCUUUUCUUUUCAUAGAUCAACAUUGUUGAUUGUCAUUUUUUUCCAACUCUUGGCAAAAGAGAUUCCUUUCUUGUGUCAUGUUUUUUUAAACCAGCGUAGCAAACUGUUGCACAGCUGAACAGGACCUUGACUUAAUUCUACUGUUCAUGUUUUGUAUUAGUUCUAGAAGUAUGUAAAAUUAUGUAAAAUACAUUCAUAGUGAAUAUAUACCAGAAAUAUUAUUGAACAUAUUAUGCACAAAGUGCACAUAUAAUAACUAAAAACUAUUUGUUAAAAUAUUCGAUAAAAUCGGUGAUGCGUUUUGGUUUGAAAAACCUUUGUAUAAAUAAGAUCAAUACCUUGUUAUUUUAAAAAUUCAUGUGGGGGUUUCUAAUCUCUUGAUCUGAGAAAAUCAUGGAUAUAUUAAUUUUGAUUGUAAAUAUUUCGUUUAAGAGCCAAAACAUGUCAAUUCAUGCAGGACUGAUUAAAAUCGCCAUUAUGAAAAUAGGUAUCGGCUUCAUGGUCAUUUGAUGACGUUAUUUAUAACUGUUAUAAUACUCCACCCGGAUCCAUGGACACCAGAAUCCUCACAACGAGAUUUGUCAUUUAUCAUAUUAUAGCCACGAAACGAUAGUACGAUUUCGUUGCAAUAUUUUUGAAGUUUUGAAUUUAUUGAAUUAUUUGUUUGUGUACAGCACCACAUACCGUGACAUCCGAUGAUAUACGCACCUGUACAGUUUACCUGUUUCGUGUCAAUGAAUCUCAUAUGUACAAAAAGGCAGCAGAUGAUAAAUGUCAUGUUGGCGUCUAUUUGCUAUCAGAAACCUAGUCAUGUCAUAGAUUGUCUAAACUUUUCAAAGGUUAAUAAAACAAUCGAAAAUUUCAAAAGCUCCAUUUAACAAGAAUAUUCAUACGUUUUGUAAUCGUAAAAUAUGACGAUGUGUCUUAAUGCUUAUGAAUAUGUAAACCAUAAUAAAAUUAUUGUUUGAUAUUUUAACGUGAACAAUAAUUCAUUGUAUUUCAUAUGUAUUGGAGGUUAAGGUGUUAUAUUGGUAGCGGUUUGGAGCUAAAUGUGUUUCCAUAUUUCCAACCAUUGAAAGGUUUAUGACUUAAUUCGCUGUUAUAUGUCGCUCACCUGCACGUGCAGUGUCUUUCAUAUGUCCACCGUUGUUUAGUGUCAAUUUCCCAUUCCUUAUUUAUUGUGAAACAACGAGAAAUAAAACAUUUGUGAUCUUAAA